CACAGUUAUCACAACAGGAAGAAGAAAAGAGACUAAAAUGGUCCCUAAAGGUUUAAAUUACUGUUUUUGUCGAUGGAGUCUGGUGAUUUUGACGAGCGCAUCGUUGGGGAACUGGCGCUGGCUGCCCCGUUGGGACGGGCCGUGUGCAACAAGGCAAAGGUGUGAAACUGUUGGCGCUUACACUCGCUCAGCAGAAUCGAUGGUUGCAGCUAAAAACGAGCAGCUGCUUUUUCCACCCGUGAAACUAACAAGCCGAUGUUUCAACGAUGAAUUCAAACGGAGAGCAAAUGGUCAGCUAAGAUGGAAAGAACAUGUUUUACAUUAAAGGAGCACUUCUGAAGGCCUUCGCGACAUUUCCCGCAGUGAUGUUAAUGUUGAGCUCCGAUCCCAACUGAUCUUUAUCGGCUGCUCAAACCUGUGAUGACGCCAGUAAGGUGCUGUGAUUGAUCGUCAGUCCUCUGCUGUAAAUCAUCUUUCCUCUCUUCUUUGGCAGUUUGGACUCCAUGGUGAUGUGUGUUAUUACUCAGCCGCCGUGGUCACUCCCACCUGCUCCCCCCUCCUCCCCCGCAGCACUUAUAACCCGCCGACCGCCUGAAAAUACAAGCAGAAAGCUGAAAAAUCACUCGGAGGCUCCUUCGUAUCUGACAGAGCCACACCGGAGGACGGAGACUGUCCUGCGUUUGACUGUCAGAGGACAGAAUUGUGCGCUGAGCUGGUGUUGUCUCCGUCGGUCUGCUGCCACAGCGACAGCCUCCAUCAGCACAGUGAAGACGCGGACUCUGAGGACGUCCUCCCAGGUCUCCUGUGAAAGGUAACAGUCUGCAGCAAACAUGGGGUGCUUCGGAUUUCUCAAAGUCAUGAUGUUUGUCUUCAAUGGCAUCAUCUUUCUGGCAGGUGCUGCCAUCCUGGGCGUUGGGAUCUGGGUGAAGGUGGACAGCGGCUCCGUCCUCAGUGUUCUCGGGAAAAUAGAAAACGCUCCGGCCGAGCUCAGUCAGGUGCUCAAUGUGGGCUACCUGCUGAUCGCGAUCGGAGCGCUCCUGCUCAUCAUCGGCUUUCUGGGCUGCUGUGGAGCCAUCAGAGAGAGCACGUGCAUGCUGCUGCUGUUUUUCAUCAUCAUCCUGGUGGUCUUCAUCGCGGAGGUUGCAGGAGCGAUCGUGAUCUUGGUUUUCAGACCCUUGGCAGACGAGUUAAUUACCAAGGUCGGCGUGGCAGCAAGUCAGAACAUCAAAAACGACUUUGGGAAAAAUCCUGACAUCACAGGACUGUGGAAUACGACGAUGACCACGUUAGACUGUUGUGGAUUCUACAACGCCUCAGACUUCACGGACUCUCCAUAUUAUGAAGACCACGGCAAGCGGUACCCACCUCAGUGCUGUGAGGGUACCAGUAACCCGUGUAAUCAGACAGUGGCAGACAGAGUCACGAUCCCCGGGUGCUUCCCAAAGAUCAAGCAGCUGAUUGAUGACAACACGGUGGGGAUUGCAGCUGUGGCCCUGGGAAUCGCAGUCCUGGAGAUAUGUGCCAUGGUUGUCUCCAUGAUCCUUUACUGCAGAAUAAAGAGCAGAGAGGACUAACUGCAGAAGGAAAAAGCCUCAGACGGAUGAUUCGGAUCACUGGAGCCUUUGGAGGUACUUCCUGUAUAGCCUCUGGAGGAGAAAGGACGAUGCUCUCUGUCUCGCUAAAAUCGUCAAAGACAGUUCAUGUCAGAUCUUGUGCAAUCAUAAUUACAGAAUAACAAAUCUAUUUUUACUACAUUUAAAUCUGUCUAAUAGAUGCCGCAUAUGAAUGUACAUGAUCUUUUUCUCAAGAACACUACACUCAGUAAAACACAGCCUUCAGCAGAGAUUAUUUUAAAUGUCGCGCAGUGCUACCGUCUGGGACACACGGCCAGCUGAUGAGGAGUCACACGACAUCCGUGCUCUGCACAUAGACUGUAUAUCGAAAUAUAUCUUUAUUACAGUCUGAGGUUCAGUGUGAUAAUGAAACAAAGGCUGCUGCGCUGGACUCCAGGAGAAACACUGUGAAUGUCGUUGCCAUGACGCAGCUUUUAAAAAAAAAAAGCAACAGAAAUGCUACAUUAUUUGUGUGUAUGUUGUAUGGUGAUCAAUUUUGAAUUAAAGUGAAAAGUAUUUGUAGGCCCUGGUGAG